AUGGUUUAUUGGUAUUAUAGGCAUUACUAUUAUGUUUUUGGUGUACUGAACAAAUCGAGGCGAUUAGACACAGCGGAGGAGAGAGAGACUGAGGGAGAGGAGGUAAUAGAGGGAGAAUGCGAAGCAACAAGGACGGGGACAGCGACAGGAACAACGACCACGGGAAUGAUUUCGGACUUGUCACCUGGCCCAGGAGUAAUGGAGUGCGGUGGCUGUGGAGAGCGAGUUCGCGAGAGAACUGUCCUGUGCGUCGGCGGGAGAACAUGGCACUCGAGGUGUUUAAGGUGUUGUGCAUGCGCCAGGCCUCUUCAUGAUCAGCACUCCUGUUUCCUUAGAGGGAUGAGGCUUUACUGCAGGCACGACUACGCUUUAGCAUUUGGUGCUAAGUGCGCUAAGUGCGGACGAAGUGUAAGCGCCGGUGACUGGGUGAGAAGAGCAAGGGAGAGAGUUUACCACUUGGCUUGUUUCGCGUGCGACGCUUGUUCACGACAACUCUCUACUGGCGAACAAUUCGCCUUGUUGGAUACACGAUUGCUAUGCAAGGCCCACUAUCUUGAUGUUGUCGAGGGCAACAACACCUCGUCUGAUGAAGGUGGGGAUUCUGAAAGCGGACACAAAGGUGGCAACAAAGCCAAACGCGUGCGAACAACCUUCACCGAGGAGCAAUUGUCCGUACUCCAGGCAAAUUUUCAACUGGACAGCAACCCCGAUGGCCAGGACCUCGAAAGGAUAGCUCAUGUGACAGGACUCACUCACCAGUCACCCCCGAAUUCUUCCGCUGCAACUGGAGACUUCGGCAGACAUAUAAACUUGCAUUUAACUUACUCAUUCCAACAUCAGCAACAGCACCAACACAAUCAGGGGCAUCCAAACCAAUUAAGUCCUGCCGCGUGCAAAAGUCCCACUCCGUCGAUGUAUCAUAACCACGGCUCCGAGCAGUCGAUGGACGAACUUUCCCAGGACUCAAUGAUGCUUACUAUGUCGAAUGAAGUAUAG